CGACUGUGCAAAAUGGCGGCGAAUGCAAGCGCAAACACAGCUGUCUUUGACUGUCCGUCAUGGGCAGGGAAACCUCCACCCGGACUCCAUCUGGACGUGGUUAAAGGAGACAAAUUAAUAGAGAAUAAAGUAAGUAAAUCUGGUUUGGAAUAAAACAAUGAAGCAAAGAAGAAGUUGAUCAUUGAUGAGAAGAAGUUCUAUCUGUUUGGAAGGAACCCAGACCAAUGUGAUUUUACGAUAGACCACCAGUCAUGCUCGCGUGUCCACGCGGCUCUGGUCUACCACAGACACCUUAAGAGGGUCUUUCUCAUCGACCUCAACAGCAGUGAGUGCAUCUCUGCAGGGGCCAGUUGUUCAAAAAGUUUAAUCUGGAUUUGGAAAUCCCAUGUUUUGCUAUCCAGGAUCAGCUCAUGGCACAUUUCUGGGCAGAAUUCGCCUUGAGCCCCACAAACCUCAGCAGGUGCCGAUCGACUCAACCAUGUCGUUUGGGGCGUCCACACGAGUGUACACACUGAGAGAAAAGCCUCAGACGCAGAGCAGCUCGGCUGCAGGAGACAGUAAAGGAGUGGAGGAUGAGGAACUCAAGGGAUUGCUGGGACUGCCAGAGGAAGAGACAGAGCUGGAGAACCUUACUGAAUUCAACACGGCUCAUAACAAACGCAUUUCUACACUGACCAUCGAGGAAGGAAACCUGGAGAUCCAGAGACCUAAGAGGAAAAGGAGAAGCUCACGAGUGUCUUUCAGUGAAGAAGAGGAGAUCAUAAACCCAGAGGAUGUGGACCCUUCGGUGGGACGCUUCAGAAACAUGGUGCAGACAGCUGUGGUUCCUAUUAAGAAAAAGAAACUGGAAGGCCACAGUACGCUGGGAUUGGAUGAAAGCGUAGCACGUCGGUUACAGAACUUCCCCCUCAGUGCUGGGCUCUACGGCGACCUGCCGCCCACCAGUCACGAGGCAGGACAAGGGGGCGGAGGUCAGGGAGGAGGGUCAUCUGCCAUCAUGGGCGGGAUGCCUCUGCCCUUCCCCAACCCCGCCCCAGAGAUUGAUCUCUCGCCCACAACAGUGCAGCCCCCCGCUAUGUUGAACCCCACCCCCGCUCCUGGACCCUAUUCAGCCGAGCCCCUCAACGAGCCUCGCAAGAAAAAAUAUGCCAAGGAGGCGUGGCCUGGCAAAAAGCCCACCCCCUCCCUGCUUAUUUAACAUGCCGUUUUGCUACACAACAGGAUACAUACAGCCAACAUAUAACAGAUUUGAAGAUUACUUCAUGGAGUUCUUUUGAAGUUAUUGGUUCCAAACUUCAUAUUUGCAGCAUUUCUGAUACAUACUUCAAAUACAUAAUCCUGCCUGUUACUGGUUGAGGCAUUAUUGUGGGGGUUACUCAUGGUGCGGCAUCUGAAGUUGACACUAUAAACUCUUGGGGAGAGGGAAUAUCACAAAGAAAUAUUUAGUUCAUAUUCCACCUCAUAAUCGGAAAGAAAAAAAUCCUAAUUGAAAUUAUAUAUUGCAUAAGAAUGAAGCUCAUUAUUUUUUGCAUUGUGACAUUUUCUUCAGAAGCGCAUUUGUCUCCCCAAAUUCACGUUAAUUAAUAUUAUCCUGUCUUGAAUUAUUAUUAUUAUUUAUUUGUAUAUAAUUUAUAAAAAAAUGGCAGUAAAAGCAGUACAAGGAAAACUACCAUGAUAAACAAAUUAGUAAGCAUAUUUGGAGAAAGUGUUUAAUUGUGAAAAUGUCAUAAUGCAAAGAAAUCUUAAUGGUUUUAAUUUUUCAUUUUCUUCAUGCUAAAUUUAAUAACCCAAACAUGUUUUUGAUAUGUUUCAUGAGGUUUACCUAGCCAACAUGUCAUUGUACACAACCAGUCAAAAGUUUGGAAUUAUUUUUUUAUUGCUUUUGAAAGAAGUCUCUUAUGUUCACCAUGGCUGCAUUUAUUUGAUCAAAAAUAUAGUGAAAAUAGUAACAGUAAUAAAUUACAUUUUAAAAUAUAUGAAAAUAGAAAACCGUUCUUUUCAGUUGUAAUAAUAUUAUAAAAUAUCACUGAGUGUAUUUGGUAAUUUAAAUCUUGCUGAGCAUAAGAAAAUUCUUUCAAAAAUAUUUAAAGAAAUUCUAUUUAUUCCAAACUUUUGACAGAUUAUUAUUACUAGCACCUCAUAUUACAGGUUGAUUGUUUCAGGCUUUUCUGAGACAAACAUCAAACAACUACAGAAGGAAAGCUUGGACCAGAUUCAGUAGAUAUGAGUAGGUUGUUUUGGUAAAUGCGUUCUAUCUCUCAGCAGUUGACAGUGUGCAGCAACCACUGUGUUUUAACAACAUGCAUUUAAUACAUAGAUUUUGCUUUAAAAAAAAAAAAAAAGCCUAAGAGCUUAUUCCCUGGGCAAACCUACCACAGAAUUUGCAAUUGUACUUUCAUGUAAGUUUGUUAUUAAAAAGACGUUUUCAUAUUACUUAUUUGAAGUACAAACCAAACCAAAUGUUAACACUAAAUGUAAGGCUAUAGGAAUUAAGUCUGUCGGUUUGAGCAACGUGUUUGAUCUAUUUCACUGUUAUCAUGAGGCAGAUUGUCUUACAUAUAGGACAUAUUUUAUGAAAUGGUUCAGAAUGCUGAGGCUGUGUAGCCUGUACAUUGGCUUAUAGAGAGAAGUACAAACUCAACAUCAAACUGAGGAAGAGAGAAUAGAACGAUUUGUGUCUAAACGCUGGGAGUUGCCUUGUAAUGUGAACUGUUUUGUUAACGUUUUUAUAUAUAUUUUUUAUAUCUUCUGAAUGCGAUGGACUUGUGAGUGAAAAGCACAGAUGAAAAAGACUAAACAUGAAAAGAUGAAAGGAAUUCCUGUUGUUGUUGGAUUAUUUGUCUAAUAAACAGUAUUCCUUGCCCUUAA